GCGAGUCGCUGGGGGAAGCAGAGCAGACACCCGGCUCAGCUGGAGCGCGGGGCGCGGAUCCCGCGAGUCAGAGCCGGAUCGGAGCCCGCAGAUCGGAGCCGGAGCUUGGAGGGUGGCAACGAGGAAAGCGUCCCUGUUCCUGACGAGGGGCCAUGGCCUUCCUGUUGCUGCCCCGGCGGCUGGCCUGUCGCUCCUGGCACAACCACCUGCUUGUGUCUGGAUCAAGAUACAUCAGUCAAGCUGCAGCCAAAGUCGAUGUUGAAUUUGAUUAUGAUGGGCCCCUGAUGAAGACAGAAGUCCCAGGUCCUAGGUCUCAGGAAUUAAUGAAGCAGCUGAACAUGAUUCAGAAUGCAGAGGCUGUACAUUUUUUCUGCAACUACGAAGAGAGCCGAGGCAACUACCUGGUCGAUGUGGAUGGUAACCGCAUGCUGGAUCUCUACUCCCAGAUCUCCUCUGUCCCCAUAGGUUACAGCCAUCCAGCCCUGGCAAAACUGAUCCAACAGCCGCAGAAUGUGAGCACCUUCAUCAACCGACCUGCCCUGGGCAUCCUGCCCCCAGAGAACUUUGUGGACAAGCUCAGGGAGUCCUUGCUGUCGGUGGCUCCCAAAGGGAUGUCCCAGCUUGUCACCAUGGCCUGUGGCUCCUGCUCAAAUGAAAAUGCAUUCAAGACCAUCUUCAUGUGGUACCGGAGCAAGGAAAGAGGGCAAAGAGGAUUCUCAAAAGAAGAGCUGGAGACCUGCAUGAUUAACCAGGCCCCCGGAUGCCCUGACUACAGCAUCCUCUCCUUUAUGGGUGCUUUCCACGGCAGGACCAUGGGUUGCUUAGCGGCCACACACUCCAAAGCAAUUCACAAGAUCGACAUCCCUUCCUUCGACUGGCCCAUUGCACCAUUCCCUCGGCUGAAGUACCCUCUUGAGGAGUUUGAGAAGGACAACCAGCAGGAGGAGGCCCGCUGCCUAGAGGAGGUGGAAGAUCUGAUUGUAAAAUACCGGAAAAAGAAGAAGACCGUGGCUGGAAUCAUCGUGGAGCCCAUCCAGUCCGAGGGUGGAGACAACCAUGCCUCAGAUGACUUCUUCCGGAAGCUGAGAGACAUUGCCAGGAAGCACGGCUGCGCCUUCCUGGUGGAUGAGGUCCAGACAGGUGGGGGUUGCACAGGCAGGUUCUGGGCGCACGAGCACUGGGGCUUGGACGACCCGGCUGAUGUGAUGACCUUCAGCAAGAAGAUGAUGACCGGGGGCUUCUUCCACAAGGAGGAGUUCCGGCCCACCACCCCCUAUCGGAUCUUCAACACCUGGCUGGGAGACCCGUCUAAGAACUUACUGCUGGCUGAGGUCAUCAACAUCAUCAAACGCGAGGACCUGCUGAACAAUGCAGUCCAUGCAGGGAAGGUCCUCCUCACAGGAUUGCUGGACCUCCAGGCCCGGUACCCUCAGUUCAUCAGCAGGGUAAGAGGACGAGGCACCUUUUGCUCCUUCGAUACUCCAGAUGAUUCUGUACGGAAUAAGCUAAUUUUAAUUGCCAGAAACAAAGGUGUGGUGUUGGGAGGCUGUGGCGACAAGUCCAUCCGUUUCCGUCCCACACUGGUCUUCAGGGAUCACCACGCUCACCUGUUUCUCAACAUCUUCAGCGACAUCUUAGCAGACUUCAAGUAAAGAACCCACUUCCGCUGCACUCUGAGAAAGCCCCAAUCUCAACAGUUGUCAAAUUGAUUAGUUUGCCUAAUUCAUGUUUUCACUUAAAAGUAUCAGAGGUGAAUGCAUAAAAAGAAAAGUUAGUUGGGGGGAGGGGAUGUUUUUGGUGGCUAUGGGGGGAGGGCAAAGGGAGGAAGGGCUGGUUUUGAGUUUCCUGCCUGUAGGGCCAAUGGUGCACACUGGCCAAAGCCCAGAAAUUCUGCUUGAGCCCUGGACACAGUCUUGGGAAGGGCUCUGGGGGUCUUGGAUGUAUUCCCGCCCACCCAUGACCAACACUAACAAUUUCUUUGAAAGCCAGUCAAGGGAGAUACACCUGGUCCUGGGGCCCAUGGCCCUUACUCUUGGCUUCCAGUUCAUCCCAGGUGCCCUAUUUGGUAGUCAGAGAUACUGGCUUCCCCUCACCCUACAGAAGCAGUUUCACUCUCACCUUCACACCCAGUCCCCAAGCUCCAAGAGUCCCCCAUCCAGGGUUCAAUAAGAGAUUGAAUGGCUCAUAGGAAGGCCAUGAUAUGGGGAACACAGAGCUUGGAGCAAAGGAAGGGGCAUCUGGCCUCCUGAUGAGGAAGACCACCCCUCAGUCCAACUGGGGGGUUUCUCUAAACUGUGAAUUUCGUCCUUGAGGACCUUUGCCCUUGGAGGAGCUCUGGGUGACAUCAUCUACAGAUCUUAUUCAAUAUCCUCCAUCCCUCCAACACAUGUCAGCCUAUAGCAGUAUAGGAGGAACCUGAAUCCUGAGUGUCCAAGGGACACACUUGAGCCAAAGGGUCAGAAGCCCAAGCCUGUCACCCCAGAGGUACAGGCCUGAGGUAGGAGGCAGCAGAGCCACUAUAUCUUCUCCCCCAGAUCCUCUUGGGGUCUGAUUUUGGUCCCCACCCCAGGAGGCUUUCUUCAGCUUUUGCUCAAAAUCUUCACUCUGCUUCUCAGCAGAACCGUCGCAUCCAAGGGGCUACUGCUAGACUCAAUUUCCUCUUGAGGGAAGUGCCGUGAAUUAAAGGCUCUAGAGCCCUGCACAUGGAAAGUAGCCUGUUGGGUUAAAGGUCUUUGCCCCUGAAAUCUGAGCUAUUCUGAAGGUACCUGAGCCUGGAAAUUGGCAGGCAGACAAUGUGACAGAGGGUCCAGUGUCUCUGCUGGAGGUGAGAUGUUCUUGGAACUGACCUGACCUCAAAUGCUCCAGCCCAGAGCACUUGAUAGUCCCGUACCUGUAAGGUAUCAUGGAUAGGCAGACCAAGAGUCUAGCUUGGUUCUCUGUCCAGAACGAAGCCACUCUGCCUCCUGGUGCCUUGGUUGACCAUUUUAGAAAAUGGGUAUGUCAAUAUUCCUGCUUCAGCAUUUUGCUCUUUUAAUGACUAAUCAUUCAAAGAUUGAGUGUCCACUCUUCCUCAGACUCAGCCACUGACCUCUUUGUGUUGAGAACUGGCAUAUUUGACAUGGAUAGAUCCAUGCAUUCUAGUUUGCUUUACAUUCCUGCAGGCAGCAGCUCAUCUGCCACUUUUUAUAAGGCGUUCAACCACAUUCAAGGUCACCUGCACUGCCAAGUGAGGCUCCAUGCCUCCCUCUUGGCAAGGUUUCACUCAUCUCUAUGUUUAUUUACAUUCCGUCUUCCCUCACUCAUCAAACUCUCAUGAAAUGCCUGUCCCACCAUGAAAUAAGAGGGCCUCACAUCCCAUCACACCAAUAAUUAAACCUGAGUGCCAAGUACAGCAACAGUAGAAUAGAGAAGUCUGAAAGAGCACCCCAAUCCACCAGGGGGGCACAGGAGCCUUCAAGAAAAAGGUGAUGUUUGAGCAGGGUUUUACAGAAAGAACAAGAGUUCAGCAAGCAGCCAAAACAAGGAAGAACACUACCGAAAGGGAACAGUACACCUAGGUUCAUGGUCUUGUACCCCUCACCAGCCAACCAGAUUCCAUGGGCAAUAUCCCAAAGUUCAAGGCGUUAUUUAACAAACAAGAAAAAUGCAGACCAUCGUUCAUGUACUGGCUUAAGUAUGUUUCUUCUGAGAACUUCAGCAUUAGGUGCCAAUAUUCAGAAAAGGUGUUAAGCCAGGGCACAGCUUGAAACAGUAGGGGGCAUGGCUCUAAUAUUUUGCUCUCCCCUCAGUCCCAGGACAGAGGGAUGAAAUCAUUUUAUCUGGAAAAUCACUUCCAGAUGUAUUAUCUACUCUUUAAAAAGGGAAGUUAUUUUUUGUUUAAAACAAAAUUUUUUAAGGCCAUUUGCCAACAAAUUCUCAUGUAUUCAGGACAUGACAAGUCCCUAAGAUAUCUUCUAUAGGAGGUUGGAAGUUUAGCUAGAAGAAUUUCAAGGUAAGGGUUUUGGCAGAGCUCAAGACCAUAGCAACUUGGAAGACACUGGAAGAAACACAGGAAGCCAAACAGACAGGCUGCUGGCUAGGGCAGAGUCCUGGAGGAAGAGCUGCUGUGGCCAACAGCUUUUGUGGGACACAAAUCCAUCAUGCAUUCGUACCGUAGAGUUUAGUAAAUGUCUCUAGCAAGUAUUGUCACUUUUACAGAAAACAAGGUCCAGUACUAGCAAGUCUUAGCACAUCCUCCCUUUUAUUAUAAAUGGGUGUUUUUUAUAAUUUUUACUGACACUCAGUAACCAUGCAAAGUUGUGCACAUUAAUAUGUCUAUAUAUCUAUACCUACCUAUAUCGAUAUCUAUAUAUAUAAGCUCAUGGUAGAAAACCAUAGCUAGGGAGCAUUGCAGACUUAAUGCAUACAAAGUGAUCUUGUUUACAGUACUCUGUUGACAGUGCCAAUAAAUGAUAAGGAAAUUAACAUGUCACAAUGUAACUGAUGACCAUAUGCACAAUUCCAUGAAUUAAAUGUGUCUUGUGUUAA